AUGAUACCAAAAGCUGAUCAAUUUAUUCAAAAAACGUUGACUGCGUAUGAAUACGCUUACGAACUGAAUCACCAUCCAUUAGCUGAUUUAAUUCAUCGUCGUCUAGAUCUUCCAUCAUUUCAACAACGAUUUCUGUCCGUUUUAAAACUGAAUGACGUUCGUCGUUGUGACAAAUUUAUUCGAAAUCUCUGUAAUGAGAAUCGACAGCAAACAUUGGCAAGAGAUGGGUUUUUCCAUGCCUCUCAACUCGGUUCAGUACGUUUAUUAGAUUACUUCUUGAGUCAAUGGAAAAUCGAUAUUAACAUUGGACAGAUCUCUGCGAAAAACUUUGCAACGACAGCACUAUUGACCGCUAUAACACACCAACAAAAUGAUGCAGCUAAAUUUCUUCUAUUUCGUGGUGCGGAUCCGAGUAUCAAGGGUGAAUAUGACAAUGCUCUUGUGACCGCAUUGCAGUAUCAGUCCAAAAAUUAUUUGAUACGCUUAUUACUCGAUAAGAAUGUUGAUCUAACUGCACGACAUCCCAAUUACGAGAAGUUGACACUACGAGAAUAUUGUGUGUUGACUAAUCGUGUUCAGGCGAAAACAGAACUUGACGCUUAUAUUGUACGUUUAAUAAAUGAAGGAAAUUAUAAACGAUUGAAAUGGCUGGUCGAUCGCGGUUAUAAGCAUAUUAAUGUACACGUUAGCUAUCAACGUAACGGUCGACAACUUGCCGAAGAACGUUAUCAGGAUAAAAUUGUUCAAUUAAUCGAUGACAUUGCUAAUGCCGAAAUCAAAGCAAGAACGAAAAUGAAUUAUUGA